AUGCUACUACCGAAUUGUUCAAAACCAAAUUUUAAAACUAAAAUAAUAAUAACCAAACACAUAAAAUAUUACUCUACUACUUAUAAUCAAUUAAUACAAAAUUCAGUUGAAAAUAUAAAUCAAAUUCUUGAAAAAAAUGAUAGAUCAUCAUAUAUAUUAUCAAGAUAUAUACCAGAACCUGCAAGAAAUACAUUUAUGGCAAUAAGAGCAUUUAAUUUAGAAAUUAAUAAAAUAAAUGAAGGUGGAUUAAAUCAACAAUCAAUUGCUUCUAAAGCUUCAAAACAAAUGUCACAAACUUUAGGAAUGUCAACAAGUGAUUUAAAAUUUAAAUUUUGGAGUGAUUUAUUGUUGAGAGUGUUUACCGAUAACAACAGCACUUCAGAUUUAGGUGAACCAAUUGCUAUAUUAUUAAGAGAUGCAUUAAAUCAAAAUUUAAAUCUUGAUAUUACAUAUUUUCAAAAAUUUUUACAAACAAGAAGAUCUUUCAUAAAGAAUAAUGCUUCAUUUAUGAAUACAAAUGAAAUUUGUAGUUAUGGAGAAGGUACUUAUUCUCAAUUAAAUUAUUUAACUCAAAAUUUAUUAUUAUCACCACAAAUUUCACCAUCUUCAAUAAAACUAUUAGAAAAUUCAACCCAGUUACAAUCAAAUAUAAUUGAUAUUGCUGCUCAUAUUGGUCAAGCUACUGCCAUAGCAUCAAUGAUACAAGGUUUAAAAUAUUAUGCAACUUCAAGAAAUCAAAUUACUUUACCAAUAGAUUUAAUGAAUAAUGAAAAUUUAUCACAAGAAUCAAUUUUAAAAUUAUUUAAUGGUUCAAUUCUGGAUGAAGAAGAAAUUAAUGAAAUAAAAGAUAAAUUAAAACAAGUUGUAUAUAAUACUGCAAUAGUAGCAAAUGAUCAUAUAUUAACAGCACAAAAGAAACUACAAGAUUUUAAAUUGGAAGUACCGAAUGUUGUUAGCAGCUCAAAUGACUUGAAAUUACAAAAAUUUUCCAAAAAUUGGAAAGGUAAAAUACCAGAUUCAAUUUUCACUCCUCUUAUGAUUUGUAUACCAACAAAUUUAUUUUUAAAAAAAUUAGAAAAAAAUGAUUUUGAUAUUUUAAAUUUAAAUUUUCAACAACCUGAAUGGAGAUUAGCUUGGAUUUCAUUUAAAGAUUAUUAUCAAAGAAAAAUAUAA